AUGCUAGAGGAAGAACCCGCUCCCGUGGCUGCUGUCGCUGCAGCUGGCGUCAAAUCAACGGUGGCACCUCCCGCCAACGACUUCGAGGCCACCGCCAAUAAGCUCAUGAAGCCCGUGCCGGACUAUCCCGUCAAGGACCUGGCCCACUACGUGUGGGAGAUCAGCAAUUGGUCCUCAAUUGCCUCCCAGGACAAGGUCAGAUCGCCCACAUUCAAAUGCGGGGGUUACGAGUGGAACAUCUUGUUAUUUCCAAGAGGAAACAACAGCAACAACACGUCCAUCUCGAUCUACAUGGAGCCUCAUCCAUUGGUGGAGUCUGACGAUUGGUACGUGUGUGCACAGUUCGGAUUGGACCUUUGGAACCCAGCCCAUCCCGAGUCCCACUUGCCCAGUGGCUCCAGCCAUCGGUUCAACAAGAACGAGACAGACUGGGGAUUUUCGUCUCUCGUGGAAGUCCAUCAACUUCAAAUAGCCAACUCCUCAAACCCUCGUAUUUCCGCCCACCUGGCCCCAAUUCUUCAGAACAACAAAUUGAACAUCACUGGAUACGUCAAGGUGAUUGAUGAUUCUUCUACUGGGGUGUUAUGGCAUAACUUUGGCGAUUACGACUCCAAAAAGGCAGCGGGUUACGUGGGGUUGAACAACCAAGGUGCUACUUGCUACCUCAACUCAUUGUUGCAGAGUUACUUCACAACCAAGAACUUUCGCGAAUUGGUAUACAAAAUCCCUACCAGCUCAUCAAAUGCAGGCAAAACAUCGGUGGCCUUGUCUCUUCAAAGAAUCUUCUACAUGUUGACAACUUCAAAUGAGCCUGUUGGAACAAUGGAACUCACCAAAUCCUUUGGGUGGGACUCGUCUGAUGCAUUCACCCAACAUGAUGUUCAAGAACUUAACCGUAUCUUGAUGGACAAGCUUGAAAUUGCCAUGAAAGGAUCUGCUGUCGAGAACAGUCUUAAUGAUAUUUUCGUGGGUAAAAUGAAGUCUUACAUCAAGUGUGUAAAUGUCCCUUAUGAGUCGUCUAGAGUAGAAGAUUUUUGGGAUAUUCAGCUUAAUGUUAAGGGAUUCCGCACUUUACAAGAAUCUUUCCGCAACUACAUUGAAAUAGAGAUGUUGGAUGGAGAAAACAAAUAUCAAGCCGGUGAUGAAUAUGGGUAUCAGGAUGCCAAAAAGGGAGUUGUGUUUGAAUCAUUUCCUCCAGUUUUGCAUUUACAAUUAAAGAGAUUUGAGUACGAUUUUAUGGUUGAUGAUUUGGUGAAGAUCGACGACUUCUACGAAUUUCCAGACAAGAUUGAUUUAAAGCCAUAUUUAGAUGAAGAAGUCCCAUCUUCAGUUAAGUCCCAAGACUGGAAUUACAAGCUUCAUGGGGUUUUGGUGCACCAAGGUAGCAUUUCCAACGGUCACUACUAUGCGAUGAUUAAGCCCAACGCUGAAGAUUCAACAUGGUUGAGAUUCGACGACGACAAAGUUUGGAAAGUAACUCCAACCCAAGUAUUCCAGGAGAAUUACGGAGCGAACGAAUUAUCUCAAGCAGAGUUUGCUAGAUUAUCAAGACUUGAACAACAGGAAAAUCUAAUUAGAAGGGUCACCUCCGCUUAUAUGUUGGUGUAUUAUCGUGAAUCUGAAUUGAGUACCAUUUUGCCAUCGGAUGAAUCCGCAAUCACUCUGACUAUUCCUCAACACAUUCCUGAACAGAUCGAACAUGAAAUCCAAGAACGCAAGCGUAUUGAACAAUCCAUGGAGGAGGCAGUAUACUUCAUGAAUGCAAAAUUCAUCACUACAAAGACCUUCAAUAAUUUCAGCGGUUUUGAUUUGGCCUUGGACUCUACCGUUAAUAAACUUUAUGAUGAUUCACUCGCUGGAACACUUGCGGACCCACUAACUGUGAAGGUUGCAAAGGACGAUCCGUAUUUAUCGUUAUACAAGCUUAUCGGUGAGAAAUUGGGAUACCUCGCAGAAGACUCUAUAGUGGACCAGCAGUCCCUUGCCUCGUUACCUUUUAGAUUGGUCAACACAAUGCAUAGAAAUAACCACACCAACCGUGCUGAUACUCCAAUUGACCCAAGUUUAGUUGGCUCAACUAUUGUUCAGGCAUAUUCUAAAUCUUUCAAUAGAAAGUAUGAUGAAAUGGUGUUUUUUGUUGAGGAGGUGAACAAGGAGAUGAGAAACCUUAACAGAAUCAAAGGCACCUAUACAGCUGUUGACCCUGCUGAUUUUAACUUUGCUGAUAUUGUCCACAAUAUUGAAAGUGUGGGCACCACAGUCAGUAAGGAAAAUUCAUUUGUCGAUAUUGAUGAUGGUUCAACCCAUAUCUUGAUAUUUAUCAAGUACUUUGAUCCAAUUGCUCAGGAAGUAAAGGGGUUGACACAUAUCGCAGUUGCUAAGCAUGAUCCAAUCAAACUGAUUAUAAAGGAUAUUAACAAGUUUUUGAACUUUGAUGAUUCACAAGAGCUUGAAUUGUACGAGGAGUUGUCACAUUCAAAAAUCGAGAAAAUUGAUUCGACUUUGACUUUUGAGAAGCAUGAACUUAGCAAUGGUGAUAUUAUCACUGUUCAGACCUCUAAUGUUGCUGAGAUUGCGGGCGAUAGAAAAUUCAAGGAUGUUCGAGAAUAUUACAAAUUUUUGUUGACUAGAAUGCAUAUUCUGGUGAAGCCCUUUAAGGCUGAGAUUGACGAAGAGGAUAGUGAUUUUGUGGCGGAUGAAAAUGAAGGCUCAAAUGGAGCCACGAAUGGGGUAAAUGGAGAAAAGGGGACAAAUACGUCCGAAGAUGACGAGAUAACUACACAUGAGAUCGAAGUGGCUAAGCAAAUAAGUAAAUCCUUUGAUUUUUGGAUUUCAACCCUUUCUACAUACCAAGAGUUAGCACAAGAAAUUGCAGCCAAACUCGAGCCCAAUGUUCACCCAGAUUAUUUGAGAAUAUUUAUAGUGAAUCAUCAAGGUGUAAGGCACCCAUUGAAGAGUCACCAUCAGUUGUCUCAAAUAUUCCCAAAAAUUUGCCCUGUCAAUCAAGUGUAUUCAUUUGAAUACGAGAUUCUAAACAUCAAAUUAAAGGACUAUGAAAAUCUAAAGGCAGUCAAGGUUCAUUGGUUGUCUAGUCUACUCCAGUACCAAGUCUUUGAGUUAUUGGUUCCCAAGAAAGGAUUGGUAUCAGAUCUCAUCAACAAAUUGAUCCACAAGGUCAAGAUACCUAAGAAAGAUCAUAAGCAUAUCCUUGUGUGGAGUGGUAAAAAUAAGUCCUACAAUGAUUUGAUCAAGUUUGACAAACCUAUAGAGUCCAUUGAUGAACGCCUAGAUCUAUAUGUGGGUGUUUUCCCUGCAGAGGUAGAGAUUUUGUCUUCCCACGAUAUGAUCAAGAGAUUUACUGAAGAACCUGUUAGUUUGGAGGAUUUUGAGGACGAUGAAUUCAAGAAGCAAGAGUACUUGACAGCCAAGAAAUUGAGCAAGACUUUGAACUUGAUUCCAGCAUUCCACUUCUACAAGAACAGCAAUUUCCAUCAUGGUGUUCCUUUCAUUUUGGCCGUCUAUCCUGAGGAAACGUUCAGCGAAACCAAGGAUAGAUUAAGAAAGAAAUUAGGCUUGGGUAUUCAAGCUUUCGAUAAAAUCAAAUUUGCAUUGGCCGAUAGUCAGGAUAAGGGGGUAUACAUCGAUCACGAAAACAACGAUUUGGUGUUGUUCGACGAGGUUGGGAAAUCUCAAACAAACAUUUCUUUCGCUUUAGACCAUCCUGACCGUACCCCUCGUCGUCAAAACCCAUUUGACAAGGGUAUUUCCAUCAACUAG